AUGAGUGGACGAGGAAAAACCGGUGGCAAAGCAAGGUCCAAGGCCAAGUCUCGCUCGUCCCGAGCCGGACUUCAGUUCCCGGUGGGCCGUGUUCACAGGCUCCUGAGAAAGGGUAACUAUGCUGAGCGGGUGGGUGCCGGAGCACCGGUCUAUUUGGCUGCUGUGCUCGAGUAUCUGACCGCUGAAAUCCUUGAACUGGCCGGCAACGCGGCCCGGGACAACAAAAAGACCCGCAUCAUCCCCAGGCAUCUGCAGCUGGCGGUCCGCAACGACGAGGAGCUCAACAAGCUGCUGGGAGGGGUGACCAUCGCUCAGGGCGGGGUGCUGCCCAAUAUCCAGGCCGUAUUGUUGCCCAAGAAAACCGGCGGAGCCAGCAAAGGCAGAACUGGGCUGAGAAGCGAAAUGUCUGGGCGAGGAAAGACCGGUGGUAAAGCUCGGGCCAAGGCCAAGUCUCGUUCGUCUCGGGCCGGACUCCAGUUCCCGGUGGGCCGUGUCCACAGGCUGCUGAGGAAGGGCAACUACGCCGAGCGGGUAGGCGCCGGGGCUCCGGUCUAUCUGGCUGCAGUGCUCGAGUACCUGACGGCUGAGAUCCUGGAGUUGGCCGGUAACGCCGCCCGGGACAAUAAGAAAACCCGCAUCAUCCCCAGGCACCUGCAGCUGGCCGUCCGCAACGACGAGGAGCUCAACAAGCUGCUGGGAGGGGUGACCAUCGCUCAGGGCGGGGUGCUGCCGAACAUCCAGGCCGUGCUGUUGCCCAAGAAGACCGGCGGAGCCAGCAAGUGAAGUGACCUGAUCUGAACCGCCUCCCCCCCUCCCUCCCACUAACCUCCCCACCCCACCACCCUACCCUCCAAAGAAUAGGAGACAGAAAACACACAAAACAAAAAAAAAGGCUCUUUUCAGAGCCGCCCACAGUAUCUGUUUGCAAGGGUUGGGUACAAAGGACUGUGCUGAUUUAAAGAGCGAACAUUGCAAAAGACAAACAAAACCAGUUGUUCUCGCAGCGGGCGGUGAGUUUUUUUUUCGCGAUCUACUAAUAUUUUCCCCGGAGGCUCGGUCGCUGGGGUACAUCCCGAAACAAGAAGACAUCAAUAGACAUUUCUGGACAUUUCAGUGGUUUGUUGGCGAAGGGGGGAGGGGUGGAGGAGAAAACACCGAGGAAAAUGGCGCCCAGGUAAUCCGAUUGAAUGGCGAAACCGGCCUGGACAAAGCCACACUGUUGUUCCCUUGUAGAUUUCACUCUGGUCUUGAAAUAAAUUUGAAUCUGAUGUGGGCUUUUAA